AUGACCACCGCUAUGCCCUCGUCGGCGUUCGCCACCAGCACAUCUUCCUUCCGCGCGUCGCAAUCGCAAAUGGCGACGCCCAUGUCGUACUCGGACAAUCCUCUCACACAGCUGCCCGCCGUCGACUUCAACUUUGAGGAUCUACGGAAGCGUAUGGCCGACUUCACGAUCAAGUUCGACGCGUUUAUUGAACGAGGGAGGAAGAGGGUGUUGGAAGAGAGGAAUGAAUUCCGGGCGCGGCUUGGGGAGUUGAACGAGGAGCAGCGGUCCGCAAGCACACAGAUCGUAACGCUACAAUCUACGCUAUCGACACAGAGCCAAGUCCUUGCGCGUGAACAGGCGGAGAAGAAUGAGAUGCACGCGCAGAUCUCGAAACUGGAAUCGCACCAAGCAGCGCAAUCUGCCCAACGAGACCGUCUCAGAUCCGCAAUCGCCCAGACGCAGCGACAGAUCGACGCAAAGGUACAAGCGCAAAGAGAAUAUGCGGCGAAGAUGGAGGGCCAGAGCCGACUUAAUGGACCGGAACUGAGUUUCUGGGAGACGUAUCUAGGCUGUCGAAUCGAAGGCAGUGGGGAUGAGAACAAGGUCAGGAUUGUUUUCGUGUUUCCGCUCACGAAAGGCAGCGGCGGCAAUGGCGGUGAGGAGAGGGAAGGCCUCUUUGAGUUGCUGGUGCCGGAUACUGGGCAUGGGAGAUACGACGUGGUUUACACGAAGCCCAGGUUAGAGAGUGCGAAAGUCGCCAAAGUGGUGGACCGGCUCAAUGCGACGAGGGAGAUUGGCACUCUCCUCAAGGGGAUGAGAGGAUUAUUUGGGGAUGCACUGAAAUAG